GAGCGCGGGCACUACCUGGGCUGCGCCCAGGCCCUGCGCCGGGACUACUGGGCCCAGCGGGACGCCCUGGUGGACUGGCUCGACCGCGCCGAGCGUGUCGUAGCCGCCGCCAGGGACGGCGUCGACCUGGAUGGCCUCGAUGCCCGCUGCAAGGAGCUCAGGGAUGUCUGCUCAGAAACAGCUGGAUACAGCGAAUGUCCUUCGCAGCCUGCAGGCACUGCUAACACAGAUACGGCCGACCAUGGACCCCGAAGCAUCGCUGCUGCCCGAGCAAGAACUCGCGACCCUGCAGCAGCGGCUGACCGCCCUCAGUGCCAAUGCUCGCGCUGCCCUCGACACAGCGCAGAACGACCUGGCCUCGUGGGCCAGCUUCGGCAAGCUCCGCGAGCAGCUCGAGGCGCUCUUAGCAACGCUCGAGCCCUCGGAAGAUAAGCCCGCCACCAUCCGCGCCCUGAGGAAAGCGCUGCAGUCUUUGGGACGUCUUCAGGAGGAGGCACAGCGCAGUCAGCCGUUGCUGGCACAACUGUCCGAGGCGGCCCGGGUUCUGGAGAGGAAGUCUGGACCGGCCACUAGGGACCUAACCGGAAAUCAGGCCAUGACCCUGAGCAAGCGUUGGCAAGAGGCUAUGGACGACAUACAGGCCCGAAAGGAGAGAAUGGCCAAGGCCCUGGCGGACUGGGAGGCAUACUCGCAAGCUCUUGCCCGUGCCCGAACGACCCUUGAAGCUAGAGAACAUGACCUGGCGGCCAUUCAACCACUCCUGCUCGACGUGACCGCCGCUGAAAAUGCACUUGAGAGUCUGCUGUCUCAGGUGACCGGAGAGCCCCUGGGCGCACAGGUGGACGAGGCCGGCAGGAAAGCGGAGCCAGUGUUGUCGUACCUCGACUGGCUUCGCAGCCGGCGGCCACCGCCCUCAGGAACGAACUUCAGGCGCUGCGCGACCCGCCACUCACAGUAA